AUGAUGGUGGGCAUUGGAGAUACGAGAAGCACCUGCAUGUCUGCAGCGAAGAGAGAGGCAGCGCAGAGAGAGUGUGCGUGUGCAGAAACGCCCGCCGUCGGCCAGUCCCGCGCAGAGCUGCCCAGGGCGCGUGGACAGGCAGCCAAGGGGGCGGGGGAAAUAAGGGGGGGGGGUACCGAGAGACCCGAAAAACCACCUUCUCCGCCAAGCCCACUGCUGCAGAACCCCGGGCAGCCACCCGGGAGAUUACGCCGUCGUAGGUACGCAGCCCUGGCUAGGGGAGCAACGCCAGGCCUCCGGAGGGUCCCGANCCCGACAGAGCCAGACGGCGCCGCCCCGCCCCCGCUCCGCUCCGCGGCCGCCGCCGCCCGCCCCCGACCGCACGGCGCACGCGCACUGCGGCCGCCGACUGCACCGGCAGCACCGCCCGGUCCCGGCCCGACGGGCCGCAUUACGCAGGCGCUCCAGCUGGAGGGAGGGACCGAGAGGACAGAGGGCGGGGCCAGGCGGCAGGACUCGGCUCGAGGAUGCUCACCUGGCGGCGGGGCGGAACCGAAUAAAGGAGGGCCUGGAGCAAGUCGACCUGCGUCGCACACGCCGCCCCUUUGGAAGAAGCGGAAUACAGUGACAAAGCCAUCCGCUGACAGAGCUGUGGUGGCCGAGGAAAUGCAGCACCCAGCGCCGAGGGCUUCCCGAUCGGGCCCCGCCGCCGCACUGCGCCACCGCGGCCGAAAUUCGGGUCUCGCCCACUCACCUGCCCUACCUGGCGGGGGUAGGACGAGCUUUGCAGCGCUUGACAACGCACUCCCUCUGUGUCCGUACUCCGCCUCCUCCACAAACUGGCCAACUCGCUCGGCUCUGGCUUUCCGCAGAAGUCAGGAGCUAGGCAUUCUCACGGUCACUCGCGAACUUGUUUCCCUUCUGUUUCACCCAAGACGCCCUUUGAGUGUCAGAUUGGUUGUUUGCUGGAAGAGGGGGAGAGGAAGGAAGAGUCUGGAACAGUUUUGACUCCUUCGGAGUGCAGUGCCCGCAGGCUGUACCCGGGGUCUGACCCCCUACCCCGCACCCCAGCCUGGAGCUCUACCUGCUUCAAUCCCAAGACUGGCGCUCUCCUCUCCCUUCGUCCUCAUACCCCCGUCCUCAUACCCCCUCUCACCCAACGCUUCCCUCCCCCACUUGUCCGGU